UUUUCAUCGAGGAUAAAGAAUAUAUGCCUCGUUGCGUGCACUGCAGCAGCGCGCGCGCACGCUCGGCGACGGGCGGGGCUGCGGUACGGCGCGCGUCCCCUCUCCCGCCCGACGACCCCCGCCAGGACGGACGUACGAACUGCGGCGGCGAGAUGCCGCCGUCGUGAUCCUCGUCAACAUGGCUGCCGAGCCAGCUUCCGUCCUGCUGUGUCGUCAAGGUGGGGCUUAGUCGAAGGUACCCCACACACACACACACACACACACACACACACACACUAACCAUCUCAAUAACUCACCCCAAAGACAAAGGGGGACGGGGCCAUGUCCCAACCCAGCAACGUCCUCCGUCUGUAUGUGGAAGUCAGGUCCUCUUCUGAUCCGAGCGGAGGCGGGGAAACUUUUGGAAGACGUGAACGCAGUCCUCCUCUGACCCGCUCGGGACUUAAGGACAACGCUCAGGACCUCCUGUCCCGGCUCAGCAGCCAGACCCCCACCAGGUGUCGCACCCGUGGUCCUAACCUACUCCACCAGUCUCCUUCAGACUCUGGAAGGUCUCAGCUCCAUCAACCUAUUAGCGCUCCCUGGGCAUCCGAGCGCUGGAGUCUACCAUGUGACAUGAAGACUUCCAGCAAGGCCUGCUCCAACAGGAAAGAGGUAAUUGAUGGGAAGCGGUCUGUGGUCUCCUUCAGUUACGUGCAGAAGUCCAACGUGAAGACUUUAAGCAGUCCAGGGAGCAAUCAGGAAAGAUCUCACCAGGUCCACAAAAGGAUCUCUGACCCUCUUUGGUUUGGGAAUCCCAGUUCCUCAUGCAGCUCGAGUCCCAAAGUGACAUUCCGACCUUCAGGUUCUCUGGACCCCAUCAGCAGGGCUGCGACUCGAAGGGCUUUGGAAGACUUUGGUUCACCGUUAUUGAGGCUCAAAGUGGCGCAUGCGCUGGCGCGCUCGGCGUGGUCCCAGACCCACCGUCCGGCCCGCUGUCAGUCCUGGUCUGGCUCUCCUGUCCUGCAUCACAACAUGAACCUGAAAGACCGUGGGAUGUGGGGCUGGCCUCAGACUCCGGUGUCAGACCGACAGGCCUCACAGUCCCCGAGCCCCCUUUUCCGCGGCCAAAGACCUGCUGACUUUGGAGAUGACAUCGUGGAAGGUUUAAACCAGUUGAGUGGCGUCUCUAAACGUUCACCCCGCCGCUGGGCUCAUCCCGAAGAAUCUGGACCCACGACUCCACAACGAAGCCUGAAGAUGAACAUCCCAGUACACGCGGCAGCCGCAGACCGGGCUCCUCCCAUAGGGGGACCCCUCCACCAGUCCGGCCAGCUCCUGAGCUCGGCACCGCCAUCUCGGUCGCCCUCCCAUCCUACCCGUGUCCACCUCCCGUCUCGCCCUCCUACCGAGCUCAGCUCCCCCAUCAGGGACCCUGGCCUGUCCCUGGGCAACCGCCGGCCACCUGACAGCCCCACCCUGCAUCGAUACCAGGCGCCCCAGUACACCGGCGGGAACUGGAGGGGCUCAAGGUGCAGAGAAAGGGGAGAGCACUCGGAGAUGACCGGCAAAGUCUUCAUCGCUCAGAGUUUUGAGGGGGCACCCGAUAAGGGGCGGAGUAGCAGUCAGUUCCCAGUCCCAGUCUGUGGGACCUGGCACGGGGUGGGUCUGUUCCCAGUCCCGGACAGCGACCAGACUUGCGGUGAGCCCGGGCGGCUUGGAUCUCUCAACCCGACGAUGCAACAGAAGCGAGCGGAGCAGAGAAGGAGAGAGCACCUCCUUCUGGGCCCCGUGGUCCCGGACUCUCCGGACGAUGACCGGGACCACCCUUUGGAGGCCAUGGGAGGAUCCUCACGGAGCUCCAGCGGGGUAACGGGCAGUUUGGGAGACGGGGAGUGCGUGUCACCGGAGUCCCUUCAGUCCGGUCACCAGGGCAACGAGACCGGAGCCUCCACUGGAAGAAUACAGACGGACAGCGCGGCACCCGUCCUAUCGCUGCACUGUCAGAAGAUCGCUCGAGCCAAGUGGGAGUUUCUCUUCGGACCCGAAGAGGGCGCCGGCAGCGGGCCCGCAAACUUUGCGGAAGCUUCCACAGCGCCGCCAAGUGGAAACUCCAGCGAAUCGCCCACCCCCACGCCUCCGUCCUCCCUGCCAGCGCUCUCCGCCAGUCAGCACGUCCGACACGUUGAGGUGGAAUUGGUGACCCCGCCCCCUCCCGUCGAGCGGUCCCUCGAAACAGGCGUCAUCCGCCGGACCCUGAAAUACUCGGAGACGGACCUGGACGCCGUCCCGCUGCGCUGCUACCGAGAGACGGACAUCGACGAGCUGCUGAUGGACGGGCGGGACGACGAAGACUCAGCGUUUGCGAGCAACAGAAGCGCCCGCGGCGGGAGUCCUCAGGGGUCAGGGCUGGGGCCUUACGGGUUUGGAUUAGGGGCCGAUAGCGGAACGGGGGAGGAAGAGGGGAGUCGAGAACGAGACCAGGAAGAGAAGGAGGAAGAGGUGGUGAGCUGGGCCAGUGUGAGGAUGCAAGGAGACAACAGGAAGCAACAGGACACAGCGCAGGAACAGGAACGACACUGCCCACGCAUGAAGAGAGCGUCGGAGUGCUUCUUCGACACCCGCCACCCGGCUCUUAAAUCGCCCAUCCGGGUGUCGGGUCCUCGUGGCGCCGCCGAGGACACCUUCAGCCGCCAUUUUGAGAGCAUCAUGGAGUCGGCGUGUGCCAAGGGGACAUCCUACGACCGUCUGUACGGCCGGGCCACUGCGGGGCGCCCGGCCUUGGCGCCGCUGGCCCGCCAGGAGAGGCCCACCCUGUCUGACUCCGACGCCACGCGGGCGCCGUCCAGCGAGAGGCUGAGCAGCGGCUCGGAGGACACGCCCCCCGGGAGGCGGGGCUACUCUCAGCUGGGCAACAGCUGGGGCAGCCAGGCGCCGUCUGUGCUGAGGGAGACGGCGGUCCAGCGGGGGGUGUCGGACCGAGAGGGAGACGCGAGCGAUGACGCGACGCGACGCCUGCGCCGCUUGGACGACUCCCGCCAGGCGGACGCGGCGCGCCGGCUCAGCGGCAACAACGACUUCAGCCGCCCGGUGGCCGACGAGUACCUGACACUCUUCGACUUCUCGCACCUGCGCCUCGACCGAGCCCUCAGGGUGUUCCUGAAGCAGGUGGCGGUCUUGGGGGAAAGUCACAAUCGAGAGAGGCUCCUCGCCCACUUUUCUCGACGUUAUUGGCUGUGCAACCCCAGACUUUUUCCUUCGUCGGAUGCCGUCCACACGCUGACGUGCGCGCUCGUGCUGCUCAACGCCGACCUGCACGGCCCAAAUAUUGGCGCAAAGAUGUCACGUCCGCAAUUUGUCGACAACUUGGAAGGGCUCGACGAUGGACGACACUUCCGCAAACAUCUGCUCAAAGCACUCUACAACUCCAUCAAGACUCAGAAGCUACAGUGGACCCUCGACGAGGAGGAACUGAGGAAGUCCUUUUCGGAACUCGGGGACAGCCUGUGCGAUUCGUCCAGCUCGGCUAAGGGGGCGGGCGGCGGCGCGGGCGGCGGCGCCGGCGACGACGGCGAUGACGGGACACUGGUGGAGGACGAGACGGCGCCUUGCGGGAUGCCGCUUUACAAGAACGGCUUCCUGGUCCGCAAAGUGCACGCCGACUCGGACGGGAAGAGAACGCCAAGAGGAAAGCGAGGCUGGAAGACCUUCUAUGCCAUCUUGAAAGGGCUCAUCCUCUACCUGCAGAAGGGCGAGUACCGCGCCGACAAGCCGCUGACGGACGAAGACCUUAAGAAUGCCGUGUCCAUCCAUCACUCGCUCGCCAUGAAAGCGUUCGACUACAGCAAACGUGCAAACGUCUUCUACCUGCGCACCGCCGACUGGAGGCUCUUCCUCUUCCAGGCGCCGAACGCCGAUCAGAUGCAUUCGUGGAUUACUCGCAUUAACACGCUGGCGGCCACGUACUCGGCGCCGCCCUUCCCCCCCGCCAUCGGCUCCCAGAAGAAGUUCAGCAGGCCGCUGUUGCCGGGCAACGUCUCCAAACUCUCCGAGGAGGAGCAGGUCCGGUCCCACGAGGCCCGUCUGCGGGCCGUCUCUUCGGAACUGGCCGAGCUGCGUUCGAGUCCUCCGGAACGCAAGCUGAAAGCCGGGCAGCUGGACCAGUACCAGCGGAGGGAGCAGCAUCUGCGCUUUGAGAAAACGCGCUACGAGACGUACGUCGCUCUGCUGCGGGCCAAGACGGAGGCCGGCGGCGGCGGAGAGGACCGCCCGCGGGCUCCCGAGGACGACGAGGGCGACCCGCGCGGGGCGCGUUCCGACCCCGCGACGCAGGACGCCGGCCGGGCCGGCGUUCGCCGAGCGGGCGGCGAACCUCGGCAGGACGUCCAGAGGCACAGCUACAGGCAAGCCGUGAAGAAGUGAGGGCGGCGGCGGCACGCCCGUUUCUUUGCUUUGGAGCCGCCGCCCUGACCUGUGCCCGCCUCCUCCUGAGGCCCUCGUGCCCGCCGCCCGCGUGGAUCGUGGGAUGGGCGGGGAUAACGGCGCCCAUAACGGCGUCCAAAUUGGCACCCGCCGAGAACGGGAAGGUGCCUGACGAGUGGCGCGUCGGACGCCGCUUUUACGGGCCUUCACUCGCUUCCUUUCCUUUCCUCUCCUCUUUUCUUUUACUCUUCCUCUUUCUUUUCCUUUCCUGUGUAUUCUUUCGUUUCCUUCUCCCCAUCUUUCGUGGCUGCCUUUCAACUUUUCUUCAUUCUUAUGUCGUCACUUCCUGUGUGGAGACGAGCGAACGCUUCUGUCUUCGUCGUAUUUUGCGCUUCUUGUGUUGUUUUGUUUGUCUUUUUUGUUAUUUUUCUUCUUCCCAUCUUCUCUUCAUGUCGUCUUUUCUUCUUCAAUUCUCUCGUUUUUCUCCUUCUUUCUCCGCAACCAACAGGGGGCGCUGUGCUGCGUCACCGUCACAUUUUCGGCCACCGGACGCAUCUGGAACGCUCUAGCGACUUUUCUCUCGCGGCGCAUUCGCCUGAAGGACGCAUGACCUUGAACGCGGAGGCGUCCGCUUGUUUUCAAAAGUGUCGAUCGUCCUCUCGACCGGAUGUUCAUUGGUUGGCGGCGGCGCAGCUCGCAGAGCCCCGCCCCCUCGCACGCUCAACGGGUUUGACAUUUGAACUUUCUUCACUUUCAAUUAAGCGCAAUUAUUUUAGUGCACGUGUGUGUUUUGUGCGCGUGUGUUACCAUGUGUUUGUGUGUCGUGUGUGUGCUGUGUGUUUAUGUUGUGUGCGUGUAUGUCUUGUGUGUGCGUGAGUGUGCGCACGCGUGUCCUGAUUUUGUGUACGCGUGUGCACGUGUGUGCGCGUGUCUCUUGUGUUUCAAACCACGCCCCCAUGUCGGGGACUGGCUGCAAAGACCGGUUACCAUGGUAACCACAGCGUCAGCAUCCAAGAGGCGAUGCGAGCGGGCGUGUGCGUGAAGUCGGCGUGACCGUGAGGAUCGCCGUGGCAACGUUUUCUCCGUCCAUCAUGAACGUGAUCGUUGUAAAUAAAAGCAUGUUUGCUGGA